UGGAGGCCGGAGAGAACCAAAAAGAAUAUCUUGAAGAUAUUAUGCGGAGGAUGAUUGUGUGGCCUUGGCUCGACGCUCCCGCCCUCUCUACUUCUCUUCGUUAUCUCUUGUUUCUUCUCUGAUUUUUCCAUCGCUCUCUCUCACUAUUCUUCUGCUUGCCACGCUCUUGUUGUGCGGAAUUGAAGAUCUGAAAUCGAGAAUGAAAGAAAUGUGAAAACAGAGGGAUUGAAGGUCCAUCUUCGUCGGUUCAAGUCGAAGCUGAAGAAUACAAUCGAGUAUCCCCUGAUUCUCAGCUGGAGUAGUUCGUAACCUCUCUCCACUGCUCGUUUCAGGCGUUCCGACUCGGCGUCGUUGAUUCCGUUCUAGUUCUUUCUAUCGUCCAUUCUUUUGCUUGCAUGAAUCGAUAAGAUUUUUUAUGUUCCCAUGCUUCGUUUUAAGAAUGGCUUCUGCUCCUUCCAUGUCAGUAUCUGUCCAAUGCGUGAACCUCUGUAAGCUAUCAAAAGGGGAUGGCUGUGGAAGAUAUGAGUGUAGCGUCCUCUCUUGUGCGUGGAAAGCUCCCAGGGUCUUGACUGGGUCACUCGCCAGCACAGCUCAUUCCCCUUAUUAUUCUUCUUCGCUGGAUGGGCGAAUUAGAAGAAGAAGCCGGACCAAAUCUUGUUACCAGAGAUUUGAAGCCCCAGAAUUUGGAGACCGGUACUUUCCAGAAGCUGCUGAGUUCACAUGUUCUGGAAAGUUAUGCAGAUCAAAUAUGCUUCACAUUUCUUACAGAAGAUGGCAAUUAUAUUGUUCUUCAUCCUUUUCUUCAGAACCCUCUGAUAUAAUUUCUCCUGAAUCACUGUGGGAGGACCUUGAACCAACUAUUUCAUAUCUUCCACCAAAAGAGAUGAAGUUGGUCCAUGAUGCUUUGAAGCUAGCUUUUGAGGCUCAUGAUGGUCAAAAAAGACGAAGUGGAGAACCCUUUAUUAUUCAUCCUGUUGAAGUUGCACGUAUUCUCGGAGAACUUGAAUUGGACUGGGAAUCCAUUGCUGCUGGAUUAUUACAUGACACAGUUGAAGACACAAAUGUUGUUACUUUUGAAAGAAUUGAGGAGGAGUUUGGUGCCACUGUACGCCAUAUUGUUGAAGGAGAGACUAAGGUAUCCAAACUGGGUAAACUUCAAUAUAAAAAUGAGAACAGUACAGCCCAGGAUGUAAAAGCUGAUGACCUGCAGCAGAUGUUUCUAGCCAUGACAGAAGAGGUUCGGGUAAUUAUUGUCAAACUAGCUGACAGGUUACAUAAUAUGCGUACACUUUCAUAUAUGCCUCCACAUAAGCAGUCCAGUAUUGCAUUGGAGACAUUGCAGGUUUUUGCCCCCCUGGCCAAGUUACUGGGAAUGUACCAAAUUAAGUCAGAACUGGAGAAUUUAUCUUUCAUGUACAUGAAUGCCCAUGAUUAUGCUAAUGUUAAGAGAAGAGUCGCUGACCUUUAUAAAGAGCAUGAAAAGGAACUCUUGGAGGCAAAGAGAAUUCUAACAAAGAAAAUUGAGGAUGAUCAGUUCUUGGAUCUUAUGACUGUAAAAACAGAAGUCCGCUCUGUAUGUAAGGAACUUUACAGUAUUUAUAAAGCUGUUCUGAAGUCCAAAGGUUCAAUAAAUGAGGUCAACCAAAUUGCACAGCUUCGUAUUAUCAUAAAACCAAAGCCAUGUAUUGGAGUAGGACCUUUAUGUAGUGCACAGCAGAUUUGCUAUCAUGUUCUUGGACUUGUCCAUGGAAUUUGGACCCCCAUACCUCGUGCUAUGAAAGACUACAUUGCAACCCCAAAACCUAAUGGUUAUCAAAGUCUUCACACAAUGGUGAUCCCCUUUCUGUAUGAGAGCAUGUUUCGGCUAGAAGUUCAGAUAAGAACUGAAGAGAUGGAUCUGAUAGCUGAGAGAGGCAUUGCCGCUCACUACAGUGGGAAAGUAUUUGUCACUGAUUUAGUUGGACAUGCCAUGCUCAAAGGAAGAAAUUCAAGAGGAAGAACAGUCUGUCUGAACAAUGCAAACAUUGCUCUCAGGAUUGGCUGGCUAAAUGCUAUUAGAGAAUGGCAAGAGGAGUUUGUUGGGAACAUGAGCUCUAGGGAGUUCGUUGACACAAUCACCAGAGAUUUGUUAGGAAGCUGUGUCUUUGUGUUCACUCCAAAAGGAGAGAUCAAAAACCUGCCUAAGGGAGCUACAGUGAUUGACUAUGCUUAUAUGAUACACACUGAAAUUGGCAACAAAAUGGUUGCUGCAAAGGUCAAUGGUAAUCUUGUCUCUCCUUUGCAUGUACUGGCUAAUGCUGAAGUUGUAGAGAUAAUUACAUAUAAUGCUCUUUCAAGCAAAUCUGCUUUCCGGAGGCAUCAGCAAUGGCUCCAACAUGCAAAAACUCGAAGUGCCAGACACAAGAUUAUAAAAUUCUUGAAAGAGCAAGCUGCAUUGUCUGCCAUUGAAAUAACAGCAGAUACUGUAAAUAACUUUGUGGCUGACGUUGAAGAUGAAAGUGAUUUAGAAGAGUUCUCAAAAUCUCCCAAGAAUACUGAACCAAUGUGGAAGAAGGUCCUUGUAGAUGUUCCAGAACUCUCUUAUUUGAAGAGAAGUAACGACGAUCCUCUCCACAUUCAUAAUGGUAAAGCUGGGGUUCUUAAGGUCAAUGGGAAGCAUAAUAAGAAUGUUCAGGAUAUGAGCUUGAAGGGCAAAGGAGAGGUUUUGUCUCAAGGAAAUGGUAUUGCAGAGUUGAUGCAUGCCAACAUUCCAAUGUAUAGGGAAGUCCUGCCUGGUUUGGAUAGCUGGAAAACGGGCAAAGUUGCCUCCUGGCACAACCUUGAAGGGCAUUCAAUACAAUGGUUCUGUGUAAUAUGCAUAGAUCGAAGAGGUAUGAUGGCAGAGGUUACAUCAGUGCUGACAGCUGUGGGUAUCUCUAUUUGUUCUUGUGUGGCAGAGAUUGACAGAAUAAGGGGAAUGGGUGUCAUGCUAUUUCACAUUCAAGGGAAUCUAGACAGUCUGGUAAAUGCUUGUUCCAGUGUUGACCUGAUCCUUGGCGUUCUUGGCUGGUCUACGGGUUGCAGUUGGCCAAGUUCAUCGGAGAACCAAAGAUUACUUGAAUGUUAAAACAUUCAACAAGGAGGAAUUUGUCCACCUGGAGGAAGUCCGACAAUUAUGUAUCAGAUUCCUGCUUUAUCCCAUGUUUCGCUUUUCCUCGAGGUUAAGAAUCCAGUGGAUUCCAUAUGUAGAUUUUGGUUAUUUGUAUUUAUUCCUUGGUUUCAUUAGUUUGUUCAAGGUUCAUACAGAAAUAACACAGCAACAGAUUGUUGAGCGAGGGGACUGUAUAUAAAGGAAAGAGUUAAAGGGACUUCGUGACCAUGUUGGGUUUGGCAUACUUGUAAAGCUUCUUUUUCUUGGAAAGAACCGAGACUGAAAUCUGUUAUAUGCAAUUGGCCGCAUAAAGCCUCUUCCCACUGAAUUCUGAUAUUGAUAUUGAGGUAGGUUUUUGUAUUUUAAUUCUUCA